AGGGCCGGCGCCGGGCCAUGAGCGCGCCGCCCUCAAGUCCCCGAGCCGCGGAGCCCGCCCGCGCCCCUCGGGCAGCCCCGCGCCUCUCGCCAUGGCGCGGCUCGCGGACUACUUCGUGCUGGUGGCGUUCGGGCCGCACCCGCGCGGGAGUGGGGAAGGCCAGGGCCAGAUCCUACAGCGCUUCCCAGAGAAGGACUGGGAGGACAACCCCUUCCCCCAGGGCAUUGAGCUGUUUUGCCAGCCCAGUGGGUGGCAGUUGUGUCCCGAGAGGAACCCACCGACCUUCUUUGUUGCCGUCCUCACUGACAUCAACUCUGAGCGGCACUAUUGCGCUUGCUUGACCUUCUGGGAGCCAGUGGAGCCCACACAGGAAGCAGUGUGCACCACUGAGGAUGCCGUGGAGAGGGAGGAGGAAGCUGAUGAGGGAGGCCAGGUGCGGCUAUUGACUACAACAUCAGCCCAGGCUGGCCAGCUCUUUGCUCCAAAGACCCUGGUGCUGGUAUCACGACUGGACCAUGCGGAGGUGUUCAGGAAUAGCCUUGGUCUCAUCUAUGCCAUCCACGUGGAAGGCCUGAACGUGAGCCUGGAGAAUGUGAUUGGGAACCUGCUGACAUGCACUGUCCCUCUGGCUGGGGGAUCACAGAGAACCAUCUCUCUGGGAGCUGGUGACCGGCAGGUCAUCCAGACCCCGCUGGCUGACUCACUACCUAUCAGCCGUUGCAGUGUAGCCCUGCUCUUCCGUCAGUUGGGCAUCACCAAUGUGCUGUCUUUGUUCUGUGCUGCCCUCACGGAGCACAAGGUCCUCUUCUUGUCCCGGAGCUACCAGCGGCUUGCAGAUGCCUGCAGGGGCCUCCUGGCACUACUGUUCCCUCUCAGAUACAGCUUCACCUAUGUGCCCAUCCUGCCAGCACAGCUGCUGGAGGUCCUCAGCACACCCACACCCUUCAUCAUUGGGGUCAACGCAGCCUUCCAGGCAGAGACCCAGGAGCUGCUGGACGUGAUUGUUGCUGAUCUUGAUGGAGGGACAGUGACUGUCCCUGAGUGUGUGCACAUUCCACCCCUGCCGGAGCCACUGCAGAGCCAGACCCACAACGUUCUGAGCAUGGUCCUGGAUCCAGAGCUGGAACUGGCUGACCUUGCCUUUCCCCCCGCCACGACGUCCACUCCCUCCCUGAAGAUGCAGGACAAGGAGCUCAGAGCCGUCUUUCUUCGGCUUUUUGCUCAACUCCUGCAGGGCUACCGAUGGUGCCUGCACAUUGUGCGCAUCCACCCAGAGCCUGUCAUCCGCUUCCAUAAGGCAGCCUUCUUGGGCCAGCGUGGGCUGGUGGAGGAUGAUUUCCUAAUGAAGGUGCUGGAGGGCAUGGCCUUUGCAGGCUUCGUGUCGGAGCGCGGGGUCCCCUACCGCCCCACGGAUCUAUUUGAUGAGUUGGUGGCCCAUGAGGUGGCAAGGAUGCGUGCAGAUGAAAACCACCCGCAGAGAGUUCUGCGUCAUGUUCAGGAACUGGCAGAGCAGCUCUAUAAGAAUGAGAACCCAUAUCCAGCUGUGGCAAUGCACAAGGUGCAGAGGCCAGGUGAGGCCAGUCACCUGCGGCGGCCACCCCGACCCUUCCCCCGGCUGGAUGAAGGCACAGUGCAGUGGAUUGUGGACCAGGCUGCAGCUAAGAUGCAGGGUGCACCCCCAGCUGUGAAGGCCGAGAGGAGGACCACUGUGCCCUCAGGGCCCCCCAUGACUGCCAUACUAGAGCGGUGCAGCGGGCCACAUGUCAACAGUGCCCGCCGGCUGGAGGUGGUGCGAAACUGCAUCUCCUACGUGUUUGAGGGGAAGAUGCUUGAGGCCAAGAAGCUGCUACCGGCCGUGCUCAGGGCUCUGAAGGGACGAGCUGCCCGUCGCUGCCUGGCCCAGGAGCUGCAUCUGCACGUGCAGCAGAACCGGGCGGUCCUGGACCACCAGCAGUUCGAUUUUGUCGUCCGUAUGAUGAAUUGCUGCCUGCAGGACUGUACCUCCCUGGACGAACAUGGUAUCGCAGCUGCUCUGCUGCCCCUUGUCACAGCCUUCUGCCGGAAACUGAGCCCAGGCGUGACACAGUUUGCCUACAGCUGUGUGCAGGAGCACGUGGUGUGGAGCACCCCACAGUUCUGGGAGGCCAUGUUCUAUGGAGAUGUGCAGACCCACAUCCGUGCCCUCUACCUGGAGCCCUCUGAGGACCAGGCUCCCUCCCAGGAGGUUGGGGAGGCAUCAUCCCAGGAGGACCAGCGCUCUGCCCUGGAUGUGGCUUCUGAACAGCGGCGCCUGUGGCCAACUUUGAGCCGCGAGAAGCAACAGGAGCUGGUGCAGAAGGAGGAGAGCACGGUGUUCAGCCAGGCCAUCCACUAUGCCAACCGCAUGAGCUACCUCUUGUUGCCCCUGGACAGCAGCAAGAGCCGUCUUCUAAGGGAGCGGGCAGGCCUGGGCGACCUGGAGAGUGCCAGCAACAGCCUGGUUACCAACAGCAUGGCCGGCAGUAUGGCUGAGAGCUAUGACACAGAGAGUGGCUUUGAGGAUGCAGAGACCUGUGACGUGGCUGGGGCUGUGGUCCGCUUUAUCAACCGCUUUGUAGACAAGGUCUGCACAGAGAGCGGCGUCACCAGUGACCAUCUCAAGGGGCUGCAUGUCAUGGUGCCAGACAUUGUCCAGAUGCACAUUGAGACCUUGGAGGCUGUGCACCGUGAGAGCAAGAGGCUGCCCCCCAUCCAGAAACCUAAGCUGCUGCGGCCACGCCUAUUGCCUGGUGAAGAAUGUGUCCUGGAUGGUCUUCGUGUGUACCUGCUACCCGAUGGGCGUGAGGAGGGUGCAGGUGGUGGUGCAGGGGGCCCGGCACUGUUCCCAGCUGAGGGUGCCGUCUUCCUCACCACAUACCGGGUCAUCUUCACGGGGAUGCCCACCGACCCACUGGUGGGAGAACAGGUGGUGGUCCGCUCCUUCCCGGUGGCUGCACUGACCAAGGAGAAGCGCAUUAGUGUCCAGACCCCGGUGGACCAGCUCUUGCAGGAUGGCCUGCAGCUUCGCUCCUGCACAUUCCAGCUGCUGAAAAUGGCCUUUGACGAGGAGGUGGGGUCUGACAGCGCCGAGCUCUUCCGCAAGCAGCUGCAUAAGCUGCGGUACCCGCCAGACAUAAGGGGCACCUUUGCUUUCACCCUGGGCUCCACCCACACAUCUGGCCGGCCAUCCCGGGUUGCCAAGGACAAGGGUCCUUCUCUCAGAACCUUGUCCCGGAACCUGGUUAAGAAUGCCAAGAAGACCAUGGUGCGGCAGUAUGUUACUAGGAAGAAGUAUAACCCCCCUGGCUGGGAGCAGCGGGGCCAGCCACCCUAUGAGGACCAGGAGGAUGAGAUCUCAGUGUCAGAGGAGCUGGAGCCCAGCACGCUGACCCCAUCUUCAGCCCUGAAGCCCUCGGACCGCAUGACCAUGAGCAGCCUGGUGGAGCGGGCAUGUUGCCGAGACUAUCAGCGCCUUGGCCUUGGCACCCUGAGCAGCAGCCUGAGCCGGGCCAAGUCUGAGGCUUUCCGCAUCUCCCCAGUCAACCGCAUGUAUGCCAUCUGCCGCAGCUACCCGGGGCUGCUGAUCGUUCCCCAGAGCAUCCAGGACAAUGCCCUACAGCGUGUAUCCCGCUGCUACCGCCAGAACCGCUUCCCCGUGGUCUGCUGGCGCAGCGGGCGCUCCAAGGCUGUGCUGCUGCGUUCCGGGGGCCUGCAUGGCAAGGGUGUCGUUGGCCUCUUCAAGGCCCAGAAUGCACCUUCUCCAGGCCAGUCCCAGGCAGACUCCAGCAGCUUGGAGCAGGAGAAGUACCUGCAGGCCGUGGUUAGCUCCAUGCCCCGUUACGCAGAUGCAUCAGGACGAAACACGCUUAGUGGCUUCUCCUCAGCCCAUAUGGGCAGUCAUGUGCCCAGCCCCAGAGCAAGGGUCACCACGCUGUCCAACCCCAUGGCGGCCUCGGCCUCCAGAUGGACUGCGCCCCGAGGUAAGCGGGGCAGUGUCCGGGCCAGUGGGCGCAGUGGUGGGCUUGGUGCCGAUGUGGGUUCCCGGCUAGCCGACAGAGAUGUCCUGAGUCCCCCACAGGCCAAUGGGGCUCCCCCUGACCCGGGCUUUCUGAGGCCCCAGCGUGCAGCUCUUUACAUCAUUGGAGACAAAGCUCAGCUCAAGGGUGUGCGGCCAGACCCCCUCCAGCAGUGGGAGCUGGUGCCCAUCGAGGUGUUUGAAGCAAGGCAGGUGAAGGCCAGCUUUAAGAAGCUGCUGAAGGCCUGCGUCCCGGGCUGUCCUGCCACCGACCCUGGCCCAGCUUCCUUCCUGCGCUCGUUGGAGGACUCCGAGUGGCUGACCCAGAUCCACAAGCUGCUGCAGAUAUCGGUGCUGGUGGUGGAGCUCCUAGACUCGGGCUCCUCUGUCCUGGUGAGCCUGGAGGACGGCUGGGACAUCACCACCCAGGUGGUGUCCUUGGUGCAGCUGCUCUCAGAUCCCUUCUACCGCACGCUGGAGGGCUUCCGUCUGCUGGUGGAGAAGGAGUGGCUGUCUUUCGGUCAUCGCUUCAGCCACCGUGGGGCUCACACUCUAGCAGGGCAGAGCAGUGGCUUCACGCCUGUCUUCCUGCAGUUCCUGGACUGUGUGUACCAGGUCCACCUGCAGUUCCCCAUGGAGUUUGAGUUCAGCCAGUUCUACCUCAAGUUCCUCGGUUACCACCAUGCGUCUCGCCGUUUUCGGACCUUCCUGCUUGACUCUGACUAUGAGCGCAUUGAGCUGGGGCUGCUGUAUGAGGAGAAGGGCGAGCGCAGGGGCCAGCUGGCCUGCCGGUCUGUGUGGGAGUACGUGGAGCGACUGAGCAAGAGGACCCCCGUGUUCUACAAUUACAUGUACGCACCUGAGGACACAGAGGUCCUGCGGCCGUACAGCAACGUGUCCAACCUGAAGGUGUGGGACUUCUACACGGAGGAGACACUGUCUGAGGGCCCCCCCUAUGACUGGGAGCUGGCCCAGGGGCCCCCUGAGCCCCCAGAAGAGGAACGGCCAGAUGGAGGUGCUCCUCAGAGCAGGCGCCGCGUGGUGUGGCCAUGUUAUGACAGCCGCCCUCGAGUGCAGCCCGACGCCAUCUCUCGCCUGCUAGAGGAACUGCAGCGGCUGGAGACAGAGUUGGGUCGACCCCCGGAGCGCUGGAAGGACACCUGGGACCGAGUGAAGGCUGCGCAGCGCCUGGAAGGCCGGAUACAUGGACGUGGCACCCCCAGCUCCUUACUUGUGUCCAGCGUGCCCCACCACCGCCGCUCGCUGGGCGUAUACCUACAGGAGGGGCCUGUGGGUUCCACCCUGAGCCUCAGCCUGGACAGUGACCAGAGCAGUGGCUCGACCACGUCCAGCUCCCGCCAAGCUGCCCGCCGCAGCACCAGCACCCUGUACAGCCAGUUCCAGACGGCCGAGAGUGAGAACAGGUCCUACGAGGGCACCCUGUACAAGAAGGGGGCCUUUAUGAAGCCCUGGAAGGCCCGCUGGUUCGUGCUAGACAAGACCAAGCACCAGCUGCGCUACUAUGACCACCGAGUAGACACCCAGUGCAAAGGUGUCAUCGACUUGGCGGAGGUAGAGGCUGUGGCACCUGGCACUCCCACCAUGGGUGCCCCUAAGACUGUGGACGAGAAGGCCUUCUUUGACGUGAAGACCACGCGUCGCGUUUACAACUUCUGUGCCCAGGAUGUACCCUCGGCCCAGCAAUGGGUGGACCGGAUCCAGAGCUGCCUGUCGGACGCCUGACCUUCCUGGCCCUGCCUGGGCUGCUCUGCUUCCAGUCAUUACAGACCACUAGGGGUGGGCAGGGCCGCCCCGGCCAUGUUUACAGCCCCGGCCCUCGACAGUAUUGAGGCCCUGAGCCCCCAGCACUUGUGUGUACAGCCCCCGCCCCGCCCUGCCCGGCUGGCUCUAACUUAUUGUUGUGUCAUGGCUGAGUGCCGUGCCGGGUCGCGGCCAUGGUACAGCCCUGCAAGGGGCCUGUAAAUAGUCCACCCCUGCCCCGCCCUGUUGGUGUGCUGGCCCCGGCCGGCCAGCCACAGGUGAACUGUUUCUAGAACCAGAGUCUAUAUAAAGAGAGAACUAA